AUGCUUGGGGUCUCUAUUUGUGUUGCGUUCGUUAGUCAUGUUCGGCUUCCUAAUAUCAAGACAUGUGCGAUGCUUCUUGUGUGUUUGUUUGUGUAUGAUAUCUUCUGGGUUUUCUUCUCUGAGAGGUUCUUUGGUGCUAAUGUUAUGGUCUCUGUGGCUACUCAGCAAGCGUCUAACCCGGUUCAUACAGUAGCUAACAGUUUGAAUCUUCUUGGAGUGGAACUGAUCACAGAAGUAUUAUAUCUCAUUUUAUUGCAUUAUAUACCUUACAUACAGGAAACAGCUAUAAUUUUAAAGGAAUUAUAA